CCUCCGGCGAAUCACGGGAACGCUAAACGGCUCACUUCGAGUUCGUCAAACAUUGAAACCUCCAGCGAUCCCGACGACGCUUCACUUCACACUUCGACUGACCGUAACCAUGCUUUCUCAACGCAGUGUCCUCCGUCUAUCCCAGCGCGCUGCUCAGCAGCUGCGGGCAUCUCCUGCUCGCAAUGCUGUCCAGAGACGCUUCAACAGCUCCGAGCCCAAGCUUCCGUGGGUGGUCGACAAUGAGUUCAACCGUGAGCGUGCAGCCGUCAAGGAACACGCUGCUGCCACUAGUGACCUCUGGAGAAAGCUCUCUAUCUACGCUGUCGUUCCCUGCCUGAUCCUCGGUGGCAUCAAUGCCUACAACCUUUGGAAUGAGCACUGGGAGCACUGGGAGCACAUGCCCCCACUUGAGGAGCGUACCGAGUAUGCUUAUCAAAACAUCCGCACCAAGAACUUCCCCUGGGGCGAUGGCGACAAGACGUUCUUCUGGAACCCCUCUGUCAACUACCACAACAAGGACAAGGCCGCUUAAGUGCCUCCAGCCUCCAACUUUCAACGAUUACCCAGAUGUCGAAUCUUUCGGGUAUGAAGCUGAAUGUGAAUUCUGACGCACUCAAAUCAGAGUAGAGGUAGCGUGGAUGACGCAGGGGAAAGUAGAGUACCGGACGAUGAAUUUCAUCUGCACACACUUUCCGUCUUUCCUAUGUAAUUUGUCAGUGGACCAAGCAAUGUACAAGAAGAGUCAUUCACAUCCAUCUUUUGUAGAAUCCUAGAAGUUCCCAACCGCCGGAACUCGAUGUAGAUAUCUCACGUUCGUCUGCAGCGCUAGAUGAGAGCCCGAAUCACAAGUUGUUAGCAGAACUAGUAAGAGGUCAUUCAUAGGUGACAAUAAUCAAUCUCACGUUCAGACGCCAAUUUCGCUUCUG